UCGAGAAUGGUUGUAUGUUGAUUUUCCACAUAAAAAAUUAAUAAUAUUACGCAUUUCAAUUAAAAAACGUGAUUUUUACCCGACGCGAGUGUGCCAUAAUCUGUGCUCAAUGUAAAGAAAUACAUGCAGGGAUUUAUAUAAAACAGUGUGAUUUAAACAAUAUUAACAACAAAUUUUCAGUGUGGUGUGUGAUUGUGGUUUCUGUAGUUUUUAACAAAUUCUUUUGUGUUGUGUAAAAAUUAUAUAGUUGUAUAUUUAUUGGAUUAUAUCGGUUAUGAAAAUGACCGCUAGUACCUAAUAAAUUUCGAAGGAAGAACACCUGCUUGUAUUUCGAUUUGGAUUCGUGCGUCGCUCGGCGACUCUUCAGGCGUCUACGAUGCAGCUACGGGCCAGGAGCUGGCUGCGAUGCAGUUUUUUCACAAUAUGUCUACUAAUAGGUCUGUCAACAAUGGUGCUUGGAGAUGACGAAGCUAUGGACACACGAGAAGGCGAAGAUGUCACGUUAAAAUGCCGAUUCCAUCUGCAACCAUUAUCAAAUCUCACAUAUUUCUGGUUGAGGAACAAUAAACAAAACCACGACAGUGUGGCAAUUAAUGAUGUGCCAUUGGAUAAAAAUUACAAAUUGGAUUAUCGUCCAGAGCAAGGACGUUACGAUCUUUUGAUCAAAAAUGCUUCAUACGAUCGCGACAAUGGUCGAUUUGAAUGUCGAGUGAAAGCCGGAGGUUCUGGUGAUAAUUUACACGAACAAAGCAUGGCUCUCACAGUUUUGGCACCACCUAGGCAACCAUCAGUGUCACCAGGAAAUAGAGCCGUUGCUACAGAAGGAAGACCUUUGGAAUUGACUUGUAGCAGCACUGGAGGAUCACCGGAUCCCGUCAUAAGGUGGUAUCGUGAUGACUCUCAACAUCCGUUAGAAGCUUCUCUGAAAUACGGUGGUUCAAGAGAUCAGCCAACUUCGUCGACUUUGCGCAUAACUCCGGCUAAGGAGGAUGAUGGAGCAGUUUUCCGAUGCUCGGCUUGGAAUAGAGCUAUGCCUGCAGGUGCUAGAUUGGAAGCUGCAGUAUCUCUGAGCGUUCACGAUACAUAA